AUGCUCAUCAUGCGUGUUCUUUGGUCUAUUCUGGGCCUCGCAGCUCUGGUGUCGGCUCAAGAUGGACUCGGUCUCAAUCUCUUCGAUUAUGGCCAACGAGGACCUCUCUUGGGGACUUGGAUGGGCAUACCCGGGGAGCAUGCCACCUUCGACUACAUAGUCAUAGGUGGCGGCACUGCUGGCUUGACGGUUGCCAGCCGACUGGCCCAGAGCGGAAACCUCACGGUGGCCGUGGUGGAGGCAGGCGGAUUCUACGAAAUUGAGAGCGGCGAUCUUUCCGUGAUCCCCGGGCAUUCGACCUACUUUGCUGGGCCUGGUCUCAGCGAUUACCAGCCUUUGGUGGACUGGGGGGUUAGAACCCAGCUACAGCAGACUCUGGGAAACCGCGUCGUUCACUAUGCACGUGGGAAGACCCUCGGGGGCUGUUCAGGGAGGAACUACAUGUUCUACCAUCGCCCUACAAGAGACAGCCUGCACAGAUGGGCGGAACAGGCGAAUGACUCCAGCUACGAUCUAGUCAACAUCGCUCCGUACUACAUGCGAUCGGUCCAUUUCACUCCUCCAGAUGAGGAGUUAUUCGAAAACUCAACGAACAUACAGAAUCCGGAUGCCUUCAGCUCAACCGGCGGGCCUCUUGAGGUUUCGUCGGGAAACUUCGUCGACACCUUUGGGACAUGGCUGCGCACAGCACUCCUUCGACUAGGGCUAAACCAAACUGAAUUCAACAGUGGCAGGCUGUUGGGCUCGGGAUAUCUUACCAUGACCAUCAAUCCCGCAAACGCUCACCGUUCUUCAUCCGCAACUAGCUUCUUGCAAGCGUCACUGAGGAGCAGGGAUGGCCCCGUUGUCUACACGAAGACCCUUACGCAGAAGAUCUUAUUCGAUAUAAGCAAUGUCGCAACUGGUGUCCAGGUUCAGACUGCCGGAACGUUCGGCACCCCGUCUAUCAAUUUCACGCUCAGCGCUCGGAGAGAGAUAAUACUGUCAGCGGGGGCCAUUCAGUCACCCCAGUUGUUGAUGGUAUCAGGGAUCGGCUCAUGCCAUUAUCUUUCACAAUUCAACAUCACCUGCAUCAGUCACCUGCCAGGCGUUGGUGAAAACCUACAGGACCAUCCUAGGGCCGGAGUGAUACACCGGGUGUAUGUUCCAACUGCAGGCUCCUACCCCAACGCCACGGUUAUGGAGCUCGCUAUCAGGCAAUAUAUCGAGGAUGCAACCGGGCCAAUGUCUAUUGUCGGGCCAGGAUACUUUGGCUUCGAGAAACUGCCGAACCCAUACCGCGGGCGGCUGUCAAAUGACUCACUCGCGGCCCUUGCGACUUUGCCGGGCGACUGGCCAGAAACCAUAUAUACCGCUGAUGGAUUCAACCCGCCUGGCAACAACUCUGAUGGUUAUAUUUAUGCCACCAUUAGUUUCUCAAUCAUUGCACCUUUCUCGCGCGGCUCCAUCUCACUGGCAGGUCCGGACAUGACAACACCCCCCAUCAUCGACCCUCAAUGGCUUGCGGACCCUACAGAUAUGGAGCUCAUGAUUGCGACGUUCAGGCGAAGUCGCCUGAUUUGGCAGGAGCUGGUCCAGCUGGGAGUUGCACAUCCCGAGGAAUACUCCCCGGGGAUAAACGUGACGACAGACGAGCAGAUCCGUGAGUUCCUGCAGAGAACCUUAACAACCCUCUCGCACGCCUCCUCUACCUGUAAAAUGGGACAGCAAGGCGACCCAUUGGCAGUGUUGGAUAGUUCUGCGCGAGUGUAUGGGGUUCGAGGUCUACGGGUUGUCGAUGCGAGCAGUUUCCCAUUCCUGCCUCCAGGGUAUCCGCAGGCGACAGUCUAUGCUCUUGCGGAGAAGAUCGCGGAUAGGAUUCUGCAAGGACAGUGAAAAAAUCAAUCCGGAUCCACGGCAAUGAAUGCAGUGCGUGCGGUGUCUCGUGUACUGCAUAUAUACCAUCAUUAAUGUACCAUUGUUAACUGGCAUUACUAAAU